GGGUUUUUUAUUUUUUAAACUUUCUUUUCUGGGUUUUUGAAGUUGGAACUAGGGGUAAAGUUUGAGGAAUUUUGAUAAAGUUCUCACCUUUCUGGUGGCGGACUUUUGGAGGAAGUACAACGUAAGAUUCUUCAAAUCAUUAAUGUGACAUUAAUUGUUUCCUAUUUUAGGGUUUUUUGACUCUGAAUCUAGAGCGGAAGCAGCGUUAAAUAGCAUGAGCACUCGUGGUCUGAGACGGCCUUUGAAAGGGUACGUGAGGGAUUUUCGCCGGAGAAAGAUGGUGCUGAACGUGGACCUUAAUGAUACACCUCCGGCUGAGGGUAGGGAUCUGGAGGAGAUCUCUACUGGAACUGGGUCUCAGGGAGGACAGACUAGUGUGCAAGGAUGGGCUUUGGUACCUGCUGCGACAAUUGAUGUGGAUGCCAUUGAUGAUGAUGUUGUGAUCUCAUCCCCAAGGAGUUUUGCUGAAGCUAGGAACAAUUCCAGGAGGAACCAUGGGGUAACUGUUGUGCUUGAUGACGAGUCUGAUAUUAAUCAAAGGAACUCAGGAGACUUAAUUAACAGCUUGUCCCUCAAUGGUCACAACAAACGCAGAAGAGUUUCACCAAACCAGACUAUUAUCAACUGUGAACUCUACAUAAACUUGGAUGGCAGUAACAAUGCCAAGAAUGAGUUGAAAUCUCCAGAACCACCUGUACCACCGCCACCAAUGGAGCCCACCUUCAGCUGCCCUGUUUGCAUGGAAAAACUGGUCGAGGAAACGUCAACUAAAUGUGGCCACAUCUUCUGUAAGAGAUGCAUCAAGGUUGCUAUAACUGCUCAGCAUAAAUGUCCUACCUGUAGACGGAGGCUCACUAUGAAAGACAUCAUUAGGAUCUACCUUCCGGCUGCCAAUUGAGCCAAGCUUAUGCAUACCCAUCAGAUUUAUUAUUUAAGGUUGGUUUGGAUCAUCGGUAUAUGGGGCGGACUUAGACAAAGGGGAAACAGCAUAGCUUGGGGGAAGGAACAAAGGGAUGUCA